AUGGCCUGGUUCACUGUCCACCUCUUCGCCCUUCUCUUCUCCUUGGCGAGGACCGGGGCCCUCACCUGCUCUGUUCCCCCGGCACAGCAGUCCUUGGUGGAUGGGAUCCAAGAGCUCAUGGAGACAUCGGUGAGCAACUCGGCCUUCCCUAACCCCAGCGUCCUGCUUGCCAUGAACCUGGCUGGUGCCCAGGACUCAGAAGCCCAGGAACUGCUGGUGUACAAGCUCAUGGCCAGUGACGCCCCUGACCUGACCAUUGGCCAGCUCGCCCUCACUGUUAUGGCCCUCACCUCCUCCUGUCGAGACCCCACAAAUAAAGCAGAGAUUCUACAGAGAGAGAUGGAGAAGUGGGCACCCUCGGGUCUCAAUGAGCCAGCUUCGUCCUUCUAUGGCCCCAGUCUGGCCAUCUUGGCUCUGUGCCAGAAGAACUCUGAGUCCACUUUGCCAAUAGCAGCGCGUUUUGCCAAGUCCCUGCUGGUCAACACUUCUCCCUUCAAUGUGGACACGGGAGCAAUAGCAACGUUGGCUCUAACCUGCAUGCUCAACAAGACCCCUAUUGGUGCAGAAGAAGGUUACAGGACCCUGUUUGGUCAAGUAUUAAAGGAUAUGGUGGAGAAUAUCAGCCUGAGGAUCCAAGACAAUGGCAUCAUCGGGGAUAUCUAUAGUACUGGCCUUGCCAUGCAGGCACUCUCUGUGACACCUGAGCGACCUAACAAGGCGUGGAACUGCAAGAAGACUAUGGAAGCAAUGCUGAGGGAGAUUAAGAAGGGGAGCUUUCACAACCCCAUGUCCAUCGCCCAGCUCCUCCCCUCCCUGAAAGGCAAGACAUACCUAGAUGUGCCCCACAUAUCUUGCAUCCCUGAUCAGGAGGUGCAACCAACUCUACCCGACCAUCCCAGCCCUGUGCCCACAUCAGCAUCCAACAUCACAGUGAGAUACACCAUCAACAACCAGCUGCGGGGGGUGGAGCUGCUCUUCAACGCGACCAUCGAUGUCAGUGUGAAGAGUGGGUCUGUGCUUCUUGCUGUUCUCAAGGAAGCGCAGCGCAAAAAUCCCAUGUUCAGAUUUGAAACUACUAUGACAUCUUGGGGACUUCUUGUCUCAUCUAUCAAUAAUAUUGCUGAAAAUGUUAAUCAUAAGACUUAUUGGCAGUUCCUCAGUGGCCAAACACCUCUGAUUGAAGGAGUUGCUGACUACAUCCCCUUCAACCAUGAGCACAUCGUGGCCAAUUUCACGCAGUACUAA